GAGAGAGAGAGAGAGAGAGAGAGAGAGAGAGAGAGAGCACACAAGGCGGAGGCAGCGAGUCAGCAGAGCACCUCCCAACCAGCAGCCAUGACAGACGUGGAGUCCCUCAGUGAGGCGCUAAAGGCCAUCACUGUGAGCACUGAGCUGACUGAAGAGGAGCUUAAGCCUAAUCUGGACACGAUGCUGACGGCACUACUUGAAAAGAGGAAAGAUGCAGCUAUGGAGAUAGCCAGGAGUGGGAUUCUGCCCAUUCUGGUCCAGUCCCUACAGAACAAAAGCAGUUUGAGCUGCCAGGUGGCUCUGGUGGUGGCAGAGAUGGCACGGGAAGGGGCAGUAAGAGAGCAGUGCAUUGAAGCAGGCCUGGUGAAGGUUCUGGUUCCACAUCUGAACAGCAACAACCAGGAAAUGUUGCUGAACACUGGCCGGGCAAUUGGACGCAUCUGCUUUGAUAACACAUACCAGCAGGACCAGUUAGUACAGAGUGGUGUCAUCCCCAGACUGGUAUCCAUAAUGAAGGAAUACCCCAACAAUGACCCACUGGUCAACGUGUGCCUGCUGGCCCUCUGUAACCUGGCAGACAUGGAAAGUGCACGAGAGGCCUUGGCAGAGCUGGAUGUGGCCGAGGUACUGACCAAUCAGCUGAAACGUGCUCCUGAUUCUGAACGGCGUCAUGUCAUCCUGGAAAUACUGGGUUCACUGGGAGAGAGCGAUACACUGAAGUUGCAGUUUGUAGAGUGUGGAGUACCAGAGGCUUUAUCAGAGAUGAUUCAGCAUCUGCAGGGACACUCUGACCCCCAUGACCUCUGCAGUAUAAAGAUCGCCUCCAACCUUAUGGUGUCCCUGCUUUUAGGAGAUGAGUCCAUGCAGAAGUGUUUUGCGGAGGGAUCAGGCAUAGUAUAUCAGAAUAUUCUGUCGUGGUUGCAGAGUUCCAACACCCAGCUGCAGCUGGCUGGAGCUCUGGCCAUCGCCAACUUUGCAAGAAAUGACAGUAACUGUGUGAAAAUGAUGGAUCUCGGUGUGGUUUUACCCAUCCUGACCUUGUUGGAGCAGCAUGUAGAUGAAGGAGACGUAGCUGUUCAACAUGCUGGGCUCAGUGCACUGAGGAACCUAGCCAUCCCUGCAACCAACAAAGUGCAAAUGCUGAAGGAUGGGGUGACUGAAAGGAUAAAGACACUGCUGCGUACCGACAUGCCACCAGUCCAGUUCAAGCUGCUGGGAACACUACGCAUGAUGGUGGACGGACAAGAGGAAGCAGCCUUGAAACUAGGAAAAGAUGCUGUGCUGCUAGCACGAGUGCUGGAGUGGUGUGAAGCUAAAGACCAUGCAGGUGUCAAAGGAGAAGCUAGUCGCCUCUUAGCUGCUCUCAUCAGGCAUAGCCGCAGUCCUGAGAUUGUCUGUGCUGUCGCCAGAGCAGAUGGCGUUCAACAUCUCAUCUCUAUGGCAACAAGUGAGCAUGUCAUCAUGCAGAACGAAGCCUUGGUUGCUCUGGCAAUAGCGUCUGCCAUCGACAUAGUGUCGAUGAGGGACCCGCUUAAGGAGGCAGAGCUGGUUCCUACCCUAAAGAGUAUCCUGGAUGAUCCCAAUGGAGCAGCUGAAGUCAAAUUCAGUGCACUGGGUCUCAUCUGCACCCUGGCUAACUCUAGUGUGAUGAGGGAGGAGCUUGACUCUGUUAAUAUGAAGGAGAGCCUGAGUAGACUGACGGAUCACAGCAGCGGUAAACUGGCUUCCCAGGCCAGAUCCAUUCUGGCUAUUCUCAGUGAUAGCAGCUAAACAGGUGAAGCUCCUGCUCCAACAAAUCUGGUCCAAUGGUUGCAUUACCUGUUUAUCGUGUCCUUCAGUUCUGCAGAAGGCUGUAAAUCACGUGUUGGUGUAAUCAGGUGAGCUGGAGAAGGAAAACAUCCAAAACACGCAGGACAGUGUUCUUCUUGGACCAGGACUGGACUCUACUAAGUCAAACACACACUCAAAAUUAUGAAGAAUAUUCAAUCAAAAUGUGUUUAAAUGCUUUUAUUGCUACGACACACAAACUACCAGCCUAUAUGUGACACGUUUUGUAUGAAUAAACCCUAAACACUAGCAUGUUGUCCAGAGAAAACUCAUCAGCCCUUCUGCUACUGCUUUCCUUCAGAAAAUUUCAAUGUUUUGCUUUUGAACUGCAUAAUGGAAAUGUAGGAAAUGUUGAGUCAUGUUUGACGAUAUUUUUGGAACCAGUUUGAGAUUAACACUGAAACUGAUACAGCUUCAGUAAGGUUGUGUCAUCCAGAUGUACCCACAGCUGUUUCUGACUACUUUUAUUCAACAAAAUUACAAAUAACAUUUAAAGAGUCAUGUCCUUCUAAUCAAUAUUACAUUGAAAAAUCGGCCCUGCAACAAGUUAUUCAAAAGACAUCCUAUUAUUUACUUCUGCGCUGUACAUUAGAAGAAUUUUUACUGAAGAGAUGACCAGUGUUAAAUAAUGAUUUGCUCCAUAAGAGGUUAGUGAAGGCCCCCAGAGAUCCCAAACAGCAUCAGGCUGGUUUAGGAAGCAGCUGGGUAGAAAAUGUGUUUAUUUCAGGAAUCUAUUUUUCUGUGAUACAGAUUUCAAAGCUACUUUUAUUCAUUUUUUGUUGUGUGUUUGAAUAUCGUGUCUAUGAAUAAAUUACUAUCAAUAUAUAUUUCUCCAGA